AUGUUAUGCCCUCUUUCGCUACAGAUGUCUGACAAGCCAAAAAAGAAGUUUUCCAAGAAGCAACUCCGUGCCGGCAAUGGAUUCAUUCACCAGAUGGCUGCCACCAAUAAGUUUGCCACCCAGAGCGGUAUGGCCCCAUUUGGAGCCGUGAGGCAUGGUCGAGAUAUCGCCGCCGAUGACUCUGAUUCUAGAGGUCAAGGAGUACUUACCAAGGUCGCAGCUACCCACAUCUACGCUUCACAAAAGGGAAUGUCAGCUUUUGGGGCAGUACGACACGGAAAAGAUAUAGCUGCAGAUGAAUCCGACCAGAGAGGCCAGGGCGUUCUUACAAAAGUUGCAGAAACCAAUAUUUUCGCUUCACAGAAGGGGAUGACACCGUUUGGUGCUGUUAGACAUGGUAAAGAUAUCACAGCUGACGAAUCAGAUUUGAGGGGUCAGGGAGUACUCACAAAAGUAGCAGAAACAAACAUUUUUGCAUCGCAGAAAGGAAUGACUCCAUUUGGAUCCGUUAGACACGGUAAAGACAUUAAAGCUGAUGAUAUGGACGCACGAAGUCAAGGUGUGUUGACCAAAGUUGCCGAAACAAAUAUAUUUGCCUCCCAGAAAGGACAAACCGCGUUUGGAGCAGUCAGACACGGCGGAGAUAUCAAGGUUACAGAACUGUGGGACGAAGUUGAUGGCGAUUAUCCAACUGAUGAAGAAGAUGAGGUUAAGGUCUCAGAAAGCCAGAAACGCCGUGAAGCCAGAGCAGCCGAAAGUGCAAAAGAGAAUGUUGCUGCACCUGUGCAGCCGGAACCAGAGCCUGAACCAGAGCCUGAACCGGAACCGGAACCAGUUGCCGAACCAGAACCUGAAGCAGACGAUGGAGACGAUGGUGGUUUCGCGUGGUAG